GUCUCAGUCCCAGUUGUUCGUACUCGCACCUCGCACGUACUCGUACGGAACUGGCGCGACAUUAGUAAGUAAAUGACGUGUUAAAAAUUUGCUGGACGUACGAUAUUUCGUGGCUUGUCGAAUAUGAGUUUCAGCGAGAGCGAAGCGAUCGAGUACGAACCUUCUCUUAGAAAUGUCAUCGAACAAAAAUCCUUGCUAUGGAUAUUCGUUGGUGGCAAAGGUGGAGUCGGCAAAACGACGUGCAGCUGUUCCUUGGCCGUGCAGUUGUCGAAAGUGAGAGAAAAUGUACUUAUCAUCUCUACCGAUCCCGCUCAUAAUAUAUCCGACGCGUUCGAUCAAAAGUUCAGCAAAGUUCCAACCAAGGUGAAGGGUUUCGACAACCUCUUCGCCAUGGAAAUAGAUCCGAACGUAGGGAUCACCGAAUUGCCGGAAGAAUAUUUCGAAAAUGAAGCAGUUUCAGGAGGAGAAGCAAUGAGAUUGAGUAGAAGCAUAAUGCAAGAGAUCGUCGGGGCAUUUCCAGGCAUAGACGAGGCAAUGAGUUACGCGGAAGUCAUGAAGCUGGUAAAAGGAAUGAAUUUCUCUGUGGUCGUGUUCGACACUGCACCCACUGGGCAUACCUUGAGAUUACUGUCAUUUCCACAAGUAGUAGAAAAAGGAUUGGGCAAAUUAAUGCGUUUAAAGAUGAUGAUCAGUCCUUUCCUUACCCAGGUAAGUUCAUUAUUGGGCAUGACAGACUUCAAUGUAGAUUCGUUUUGCAAUAAGAUAGAGGAAAUGCUCGUUAUCAUUCGGCAAGUUAAUGAACAGUUCAGAAAUCCAGAACAGACAACGUUUAUCUGUGUGUGCAUAGCAGAAUUUUUGUCUCUUUAUGAAACAGAGAGGCUUGUACAGGAGUUGACCAAAUGUGGUAUCGAUACCCACAAUAUUAUAGUGAAUCAAUUGUUGUUCUUGAAAGAGGGAGACGCACCCUGUAGGCUGUGUCACGCCAGGCACAAAAUACAAGACAAAUACUUAGAACAGAUAAUGGAUCUUUACGAGGAUUUUCAUAUCACGAAGUUACCUCUGUUAGAGAGAGAGGUUCGUGGAGUCCAACAAGUGAAAGAGUUUUCCGAAAAUCUUCUUAAGCCGUACAAACCUUAACGUUUCUACGAAUUCCAUAAGGAUCUAUGUAACUUGAUCGUAUAAUCAAAAGUUUUUUUUUAAUCCGAAGAAAUCUUAUACGUGAGGAAAUUUGUAUAAAGGUAACAGCUUUUGUUUAUUGUAUUUAACAGAAACAUUUUUUUUGCGCGCGUUAAAAAACAUUAAACUCUUCUAGGCCAGUUGUGCCUCUGUCAAAA